UCUUAGAACUUCAUCGUUUAUACAAUGUCCAGAAGAACCUAAUGGAAUUAGAAUUCCAAAGAGGUGGAUUAAGUGAAAAUUCUCAAGAAAGGAUAUAUUCAUCACCGUCUAGGGGUAAAAGAACAGUCCAUAAAGUUCAGCCUACUACCAGACAUGAUAUGAAGAAACCAUAUGAAAAAAUCAUGAAGGGGAAAUAUAUAGAGUGUAGUUCAAAUGGGGUGUCUAUGAGGAAUAACAAUAGUAGGCCCACACAAGAAACUCUAGCCUUUCAGGUUCCAAAUGGUGCACAUGCUGAUGAUAGUGAUGAUGAUGUGGUGAUACUAUCGGAGAAGCCUGCAAAUAGUUCAGUAGGAAAUAAAGGUUCCACUCUUGGUACAAAUGUGAAGGAUCGUCAGGUUCCAGCUGAUGCACAUGUAGAUGAUAGUGAUCAUGAUGUGGUAAUUCUAUCAGAGAUGCCUGCAGAUAGCUUGCCAAGAAAUAAUGGUUCAAUUCUUGGUACAAAUGUGAAGAACCUUCAAGUUCCAACUGGUGCACAUGUCGAUGAUUGUGAUGAUGAUGUGGUCAUACUAUUGGACAAGUCUGCAAAUAGUUUGCCAAGAAAUGAUGGUUCAAUUUUUGCUAAAAAUGUGAAGCUUAACAUUGAGGGAUUGUCAUGCAUGAACAAGAAGUGGAUCACUGGUUUACAACCAUCAGAUGUACCAACACCUGAUGUUUUGAACAAAAAAGUUGUAGGGCCAUCUAGUAAUAUGGAAACAACAAACUACCCAAGUGUGGGAUGUUCUAGUUCUCAAAACCAGGUCUAUUCAUCCACGGGAGUGAACUUGAACCUCCCAAAUGUGAAGCCUGGAUUUGAGACCUCCUCGCACAUGAGCAAGAACUAUGUUAGUGGUUUACAACAAUCAGGUAUCUCAACAGUAAAUGUUUUCAAUAAAGAAGUGGUAGGGUCAUCGAGUACUAUGAAAAUAGAAGACUUCCCAAGUCUGGGUGCCUCUAGUUCCCAAAACCAGUGUUAUUCAUGGCCAGGUGUGAACAUGAACCUCCCAAGCUUAGAAGAUACCUUGAAAGGAAAGCAUGUGGGUGCAGCCAUUGGUUCAAAAUUCUUUGUCGCAAAUGAGGAAACAAGGCAUAACAAUCCACACAUCCACACAAAAUAUGAUAGAAGCAAUGGCAUGGAAUGCUUCAUACAUGAGAAACAUGGUGUUGAUUCUUCUACCGCACAUGAUCAAUACGGCUAUAGCAUCCGCAAUCCACAAACAUUUGCAGCGUCCAACUCCAAUGCUGCAUUCAAAUCUUUAUGGCAAAGCAACACCAAAGAUUACACAACUAGGAGGUAUUAUGAUGACACCAAAGUGCGCAAUGGUCAUAAUGGUCGCCUUCCAACAUUACAAGAAUAUUGUCACCUUCCAACACCAAAGAUUACACAACUAGGAGGGGAUCAAUAUCAAAAGCAAUCCCAAUUCUAUAAUUGUCCAAAGGACGUGAAUCUGAGCAAUGGUCCUCAAGAUGCAACUACCACUCUGGAACAAGCAAGAGAUGAUACCCCAAUGGAAAUCUCGUGGGUGAAAAAGAAGUUGCUAAACAUGAGGAAGGAAAUCUGCAGGAAGAAGUCACAAGUGCCAUCAAAUUAUGUAGUUGGGCAUCCCCAGAUUUUUCAUGGUUCCAUGGUUUAUUCAGAAGGUAAUACAAGAAUUCUUGGUUUCCCUAUUAAUGAAACCAUCGAUAAAGAUUCUCAAGUCUCAAGCACUAUGCACAUGGGCACAGAUAGCACACCCUCGAGUAAGGGUGUAGCUCAUAGGGAAAUGCAAUUCCAGAACAAGGAUGACACCAAUGCCAGGAAUCUCAUUGACCUGAAUGUUGCACUGCCUUUCAUUGAUGAAAUGGAGAUAGAUGCCCGCCUAUCAGAAGCUGACACCGUUCCUCAAGAACAAGAUGAUUCUUCCAACGAAGCUCUUGUUGUGACUGCUGCGAAAAAUCUUAUGGCCAUGCAUAAGGAUAAGUUCCAAGCAGGAUCACCUCCAGGUAAUAUGGAUGAUGAUGACUUUGAAGCUUUGAAAAUGUAGUUGUUCAAAACCAAAGACCGUGUAUGCAGCUCAACUCUGUUAACCCAAGAGAAUAAGAGGAGUGAAGACCAUGACAUUGCUACAGCUUCAGCCUCCAAUGUCUCUGGCAAAUCCAAUUCAAGCGCAACAAUGCCUCCAAAAGGAUGUUAUGCCAGGUGCCCCAGGAUUCUUAAUAAUGCCUACCAUAGAUUCAAAGAUAACUUUUAAGAUUUUUUAGCUCAUGAGAACUUAAGAAAAAGUAGUUUUGGUGAUGGACUUGCCGACAAUAAAGGAACUAGUAGCUUACAAUAAUUAAGGAACAUCGUGUAUGGUUCAGAACUCUAGUAUGGUCUCUACAAACCUGCAUUGGAUGAAAACAUCUUGCCAUGUUUAUUUCAGAGCGAACUCUUUUUUGAGAUUUAUUUUGUCAAUGAAUGAUGUUAUAUCACUA